UUUUUUUUUUUUUUUUUGACAGAGUCUUGCUCUGUCACCCAGGCUGGAGUGUGAUGGUGUCAUCUUGGCUCACUGCAACCUCUGCCUCCCGGGUUCAAGUGAUUCUCCUGCCUCAGCCUCCUGAGUAGCUGGGAUUACAGGUGUGAGUCACCACACAUGGCCUUCCCUCUAGGAUUUUGAAAGAAUUGCAACAUCACCUUCCAUAUUCGACUGCUACUUUUCAGGAAUAUGAUGCCAUUUUUGAUUCCUGAUCUUUGUGUAUGAACCUUUUCCCACCUCCCCCUUCCUUUUCUUUUUUCUUUUUUUUUUUUUUUUUUUGAGAUGGAGUCUCACUCUGUAGCCCAAGCGGGAGUGCAGUGGCACGAUCUCAGCUCAUUGCAACCUCCACCUCCUGGGUUCAAGCGAUUCUUCUGCCUCAGCCUCCCAAGUAGCAAGUAGCUGGGAUUAACAGGCAUGUGCUACCACGCCCGGCUAAUUCUGUAUUUUUUAAAAUGGAGACGGAGUUUUACCAUGUUGGCCAGGCUGGUCUCAAACUCCUGACCUCAAGUGAUCCACCUGCCUCGGCCUCCCAAAGUGCUGGGAUUACAGGUGUGAGCCACCACACCCAGCCUUCUCCUUUCUUUUCUCUUCUCUUCUCUUUUCUCUUCCCUUUUUUUUUUUUUUUUUGAGAUGGAGUCUCACUCUGUUGUCCAGACUGGAUUGCAGUGGCGAGAUCUCAGUUCACUGCAACCUCCACCAGGGGUUCAAGCGCUGAAGCCUCAGCCUUCCAAGUAGCUGGGAUUAUACGCUUAUGCCACCACACCUGACUAAUUUUUGUAUUUUUAGUAGAGAUGGGGUUUUACCAUGUUGGCCAGGCUGGUUUCGAACUUCUGGCCUCAGGUGAUUGACCCACCUCGGUCUCCCAGAGUGCUGAGAUUACAGGCGUGAGCCACUCCGCCUGGCCACGGUUAUUGUUAUUCUUCAUCACUGUUCUGAAAUUUCAUGUUGAUAUGUUUUGUUAUGGGGUCUUUUUGCAUUUACUGUCUUGGGUGCUGCAUAGACUGUAGCAAACUGGAAACUCAAGUCUUUCAUUCUGAAAUUUUUUGUAUUAUUUUUAUUUUUUAAUUUCCUUCCCAGUAUUUUUGCUGUUCUCUCUAGUAUUCCUAUUAGUCAGAUAUCCUGGGUCUCCUGGGCUAAUCAUUGAAUUUUUUCUUUUUUUCUUUUUCUUUUUUUUUGAGACAGAGUCUUGCUCUGUUGCCCAGGGUGGAGGGCAGUGGCAUGAUCUUGGCUCAUUGCAACCUCUGCCUCUUGGGUUCAAAUGAUUCUCAUUCCUCAGCCUCCCGAGUAGCUGGGAUUUCAGGCGUGUGCCACCAUGCCUGGCUAAUUUUUGUAUUUUUAGUAGAGAUGGGGUUUCAUCACGUUGGCCAGGCUGGUCUCAAACUCCUAGCCUCAAGUGAUCCACCCGCUUCAGCCUUCCAAAAUGCUGGGAUUACAGGUGUGAGCCACUGUGUCUGAUCUGAUCAUUGAAUUUAAAAAAAAAAUUUUUUUUUUUUUUUUUUUGAGACGUAGUCUUGCUCUUUCACCCAGCCUGGAGUGCAGUGGUGCGAUCUCGGCUCACUGCAAGCUCCACCUCCCGGGUUCAUGUCAUUCUCCUGCCUCAGCCUCCCGAGUAGCUGGGACUACAGGCACCGGCCACCACGCCUGGCUAAUUUUUUGUAUUUUUUUUUUUUUUUUUAGUAGAGACAGCGUUCCACCAUGUUAGCCACGAUAGUCUCGAUCUCCUGACCUCGUGAUCCACCCGCCUCGGCCUCCCAAAGUCUGGGAUUACAAGCGUGAGCCACUGCGCCUGGCCUUCUUUUGUAUUUUCUAUAUCUUACAGUUUCUUCUUUCCAGGAGAUUUUCUUAAUAUUUUCUUAAUGGUAUCUUCUAACCUUUCGAUUUAAUUAUUAUUAUUUUUUUGAGACGGGGUCUCCCUGUGUUACUGGGGCUGGAGUUCAGUGGUGCAAUCACUGCUCACUGCAACCUUGAACUCAAAUGACUGGGGCUCAAACGAUCCUCCUGCCUCAGCCUCCUCAGACUACAGGGGUGCGCCACCACGCCUGGCUAGUUUUUGUCGAAUUUAAUUUUUAAAUUUGAGCUAUCAUAUUUUUAUGUCCCAAGAGCUCUUAUAACCUGAGUUCGCUUUUUUUUUUAAUAGCAUCCUGUUCUUGUUUCAUGCAUACAUUAAUUCCCGUUACUAGGAUAUUAAUUGUAUUUUUUUUCCCCUGGCGUUUUCUUCUUUCAUGCAUUGUCUUUGUUUUCUCUGAGUCUUUUUUCUCUUUUCUCUUUCACCUUGGAGACUUCCCGUGGGCACCUGCUGAUGAUCAUUCUCAGGUGCCCCUUCUUUAAGAAAAAGCAGAUGGGAUUCAGAUGUAAGGGUGGAGCUUGUUGGCCAUUGAGGAGCUUCUUGAAUGUCCUCUGUAAAAAGAUCUUUCCUUGUUGACCUUGUAAAUCUCACAGGCAAGAAUUCAGCGGUUUCUUGUCUGUUGACGUUGAAGCCAGGCUGUUCCUGUCCCAAGAGCUGAGUGUGCAUGUUAAGGUUGAUGAUUCGCACUCUGAUUCCUGUCUUCCCUUUGGUCCACACCCUAGUCCUGAGAAUGCAUACCCUCAAUGGUUCCAUCUUUCCCUAGUAAACAGAGGGGUCAGUGCUUCUGUGGUGAAACCAACUCUCUUGUCGUCAGCUUUUCCGUGAUCUCUGGCUUUACAGGUACUAGGGUCUCUGGAUUCAGUCUCCAGAAUUGCUGGUUUCCUGAUUGUCUGCUCCAAGCUUAAGUGUUUCUUUUCCCCACUCUCCACUGUGCCAGGCCGCACAUCUCUUGUCUCUCUGCUUUCUUGCUUCCAAAUGGUUUUUUUUUCUUUCUUUUUUUUGAGACGGAGUCUCAUUCUGUCACUCAGGCUGGAGUGCAGUGGCGUGAUCUCGGCUCACUGCAACCUCCACCUCCUAGGUUCAAGCGAUUCUCCUGCCUCAGCCUCCCAAGUAGCUGCACGCGCUGCCACAACCGGCUAAUUUUUAUAUUUUUAGUAGAGACAGGGUUUCAUCAUGUUGGCCAGGCUGGUCUCAAACUCCUGACCUCAGGUGAUCUACCCGCCGUGGGCUCCCUAAGUGCUGGGAUUACAGGCGUGAGCUAUGCACCUGGCCAGGGGGAUGUUUCCUCCUUUCCACUUCUCUCCUAUUUUGCUUUCGUUCCAUUUUUUUUUUUUUUUUUUUGAGACAUAAGUCUUGUUCUGUCGCCAGGCUGGAGUGCAGUGGCACGAUCUCAGCUCAUUGCAACCUCCACCUCCCGGGUUCAAGAGAUUCCCCUGCCUCAGCCUCCUGAGUAGUGGAGACUAGAGGCGCGCACCACCACGCCCAGCUAAUUUUUGUAUUUUAGCAGAGACGGCGUUUCACCAUGUUGGCCAGGAUGGUCUCGAUCUCCUAACCUCGUGAUCCACCCCUACUGCGCCCGGCCACUUUUGUUCCUUUUUGUAUUACUGUCAUUUUUGUGAGGUUCUGGUGUUUGGGAAAGGAUUUGUGAAGAUCAAACACUGCAGUCUCUUGUAGGCUCACACUCCUUCUCUUGCUACUUUGCCUGGGAGAUCUGGUUCUUUUGUCUCUGCUAAGAGGCAUCUGAUGUCUUCUAGCUUUUUCUGGAGCAGUUCCUAGAAGGCCCUCCACCCCUACCUCUUUUUCCACCCUGGGAGGUGGAGUCUCCGUAGGGGGGAAACCAGUCACUGGGGAAAUCCUUUGUGAUUGCAUGAGAAUUGACAAAGUCUGGAGCCCUAGGGGCAAGGCUGAGAUGGACGUAUUUGCAUAUCAUUGGCUGGCCUGAGGCCUUGACCUCUCCUUGGCGGCCUUUGGGAUUCCCUUUAUUUAAAUUCGAGCACUUAUUUUGUGGGCUGGGUACCUGAUUGGAGCAAGACAAAGUCCCUGCCCAUAUUUGAGGAUGGGAGAGGGACUGGAAUUAAGCCAGAAUUGCCGGCUGGUGCUGUGAUCCCGGGUGGGGAGUCACUGGGAGCCCAGCUUGAUGGAUCUUCUUUGGGAAUCUGCUCACCUGGUGGGGAAGUCAGGGAUGGCUUUCCGCUGGAGCAGAGGCUGGAGGUGUAGGAGGGGCAGGAUGGGGUGAAGAGGUUGGGGUGGGCCUCCCUCCUCCCUGGGGCCAGCCCCCAGGCUCUCCUGCCCCAGGUGGGGCAGGGCUGAAGCGGGUUGAUCUGGGCUGGUGGCUACUGCAGUCUUGGUCCUGGUUCUGGUCCCAGCAUAGCUUGGAGGAGACUGCAGCCUCGGACUCUCACGUGCCUCUUUUCUGCGCCGAUGGGAGUUCCAGAAUGGCGGCGGUGGCCACAGGUCUGAUAGCCCAGCCGCAGUGCCAAGGACGUGCAGGGCGAGGCCUUCUUGGGCAGCUUUGUGGCCAGCGGGAUGGGGCCCUCGGCCUCGUCCCAUGGGAGCCCGGUGCCACUGCCCUCUGACCUCUCCUUCCGCUCCCCAACCCCUAGCAACCUGCCCAUGGUGCAGCUGUGGGCCGCCCACGCCCAUGAAGGCUUCUCCCACCUGCCCAGUGGGCUGUACCCAUCCUACCUCCACCUGAACCACCUGGAGCCCCCCAGCAGUGGGAGCCCCCUCCUCAGCCAGCUGGGUCAGCCCAGCAUUUUCGAUACCCAGAAAGGUCAGGGGCCAGGAGGAGACGGUUUCUACCUGCCCACCGCGGGGGCUCCGGGCUCCCUGCACUCUCACGCGCCCUCGGCCCGGACCCCUGGCGGCGGCCACUCCUCGGGCGCCCCGGCCAAAGGCUCGUCGUCGCGGGACGGUCCAGCCAAGGAGCGGGCGGGCCGCGGCGGUGAGCCGCCUCCGCUUUUCGGCAAGAAGGACCCGCGCGCCCGGGGCGAGGAGGCCUCGGGGCCACGGGGCGUGGUGGACCUGACCCAGGAGGCGCGCGCCGAGGGCCGCCAGGACCGGGGGCCCCCGCGCCUGGCUGAGCGCCUGUCGCCCUUCCUGGCUGAGUCCAAGACCAAGAAUGCGGCGCUGCAGCCGUCGGUACUGACCAUGUGCAACGGCGGCGCCGGGGACAUGGGGCUGCCCGCGCUGGUGGCCGAAGCGGGGCGCGGGGGUGCCAAGGAGGCUGCCCGGCAGGAUGAGGGCGCGCGGCUGCUGCGGCGCACGGAGACCCUGCUACCUGGGCCGCGCCCCUGCCCCUCACCGCUGCCCCCGCCGCCCGCGCCCCCCAAGGGGCCUCCCGCACCCCCCGCGGCCACCCCCGCCGGCGUCUACACCGUCUUCCGCGAGCAGGGCCGCGAGCACCGCGUGGUGGCGCCCACCUUCGUGCCUUCCGUGGAGGCCUUCGACGAGCGCCCGGGGCCCAUCCAGAUCGCGUCCCAGGCGCGCGAUGCCCGGGCCCGCGAGCGCGAGGCUGGCAGGCCAGGGGUCCUGCAGGCGCCCCCCGGCUCCCCGCGGCCUCUGGACCGGCCCGAGGGCCUGCGCGAGAAGAACUCGGUCAUCCGCUCGCUCAAGCGGCCGCCCCCCGCGGAUGCCCCCACGGUGCGGGCCGCACGCGCCUCCCCGGACCCCCGCGCCUACCUGCCUGCCAAGGAGCUGCUCAAGCCCGAGGCGGACCCGAGGCCCUGCGAGCGUGCGCCCCGCGGCCCAGCCGGUCCUGCAGCCCAACAGGCCGCCAAGCUCUUCGGCCUGGAGCCCGGGCGCCCGCCGCCCACCGGCCCUGAGCAUAAGUGGAAACCCUUCGAGCUGGGCAACUUCGCCACCACGCAGAUGGCCGUGCUGGCCGCGCAGCACCACCACAGCCGCGCCGAAGACGAGGCCGCCGUGGUCGCUGCCUCCUCCUCCAAGAAGGCCUACCUGGACCCUGGGGCUGUGCUGCCCCGCUCGGCGGCCACCUGCGGCCGGCCGGUCGCUGACAUGCACUCUGCGGCUCACGGGCCUGGAGAGGCCUCGGCCAUGCAGAGCCUUAUAAAGUACAGUGGCAGCUUUGCCCGGGAGGCCGUGGCCGUGCGCCCUGGUGGCUGUGGCAAGAAGAGCCCCUUUGGAGGUUUGGGCACCAUGAAACCUGAGCCCGCGCCCACCUCUGCGGGUGCCUCCCGAGCCCAGGCCCGUCUCCCACACUCAGGAGGCCCUGCAGCCGGCGGCGGCCGGCAGCUGAAGCGGGACCCCGAGAGGCCCGAGAGCGCCAAAGCUUUCGGGCGCGAGGGCUCUGGUGCCCAGGGUGAGGCAGAAGUGCGACACCCGCCUGUGGGCAUUGCAGUGGCUGUGGCCCGGCAGAAGGACAGUGGCGGCAGUGGCCGGCUGGGGCCUGGGCUGGUAGACCAGGAGCGCUCUCUGUCGCUGAGUAACGUCAAAGGGCACGGCCGAGCAGAUGAGGACUGUGUGGACGACCGGGCCAGACACCGGGAGGAACGGCUGCUCGGGGCACGGCUGGACCGGGAUCAGGAGAAGCUGCUCAGAGAGAGUAAGGAGCUGGCUGACCUGGCCCGCCUGCACCCUACCAGCUGUGCUCCUAACGGCCUGAACCCCAACCUCAUGGUGACGGGGGGCCCGGCGCUGGCGGGCUCAGGUCGCUGGUCUGCCGACCCCGCAGCCCAUCUGGCCACGCACCCCUGGUUGCCCCGCUCGGGCAACGCAUCCAUGUGGCUCGCUGGACACCCCUACGGCUUGGGUCCCCCAUCUCUGCACCAGGGCAUGGCCCCUGCGUUCCCACCCGGCUUGGGGGGCUCCCUGCCAUCAGCCUACCAGUUUGUCAGGGACCCCCAAUCGGGCCAGCUGGUGGUCAUUCCCAGUGAUCACCUGCCUCACUUUGCGGAGCUGAUGGAGCGGGCCACCGUACCGCCCCUCUGGCCCGCCCUGUACCCGCCGGGCCGCAGCCCCCUGCACCACGCCCAGCAGCUGCAGCUCUUCUCACAGCAGCACUUCCUGCGGCAGCAGGAGUUCCUGUACCUGCAGCAGCAGGCGGCCCAGGCCUUGGAACUGCAGAGGAGCGCCCAGCUCGUGCAGGAGCGGUUGAAGGCGCAGGAGCACCGGGCGGAGAUGGAAGAGAAGGGGAGCAAGCGGGGCCUGGAGGCUGCGGGCAAGGCUGGCCUGGCCACCGCCGGCCCCGGGCUGCUGCCGCGGAAGCCCCCUGGCCUGGCCGCCGGCCCCGCGGGCACCUACGGCAAGGCCGUGAGCCCGCCACCAUCACCCCGCGCAUCCCCUGUGGCUGCCCUGAAGGCCAAGGUCAUCCAGAAGCUGGAGGACGUGUCCAAGCCACCCGCCUACGCCUACCCCGCCACCCCCAGCUCCCACCCCACCAGCCCGCCGCCCGCCUCCCCACCGCCCACCCCAGGUAUCACCCGCAAGGAGGAGGCUCCCGAGAAUGUGGUCGAGAAGAAAGACUUGGAGUUGGAGAAGGAAGCCCCCAGCCCCUUCCAGGCCCUGUUCUCAGAUAUCCCGCCCAGGUACCCGUUCCAAGCCCUGCCACCGCACUAUGGGAGGCCCUACCCUUUCCUGCUGCAGCCCACGGCGGCCGCCGACGCGGACGGCCUGGCCCCUGAUGUGCCGCUCGCGGCUGAUGGGCCCGAGCGCCUGGCACUCUCACCCGAAGACAAGCCCAUCCGCUUGUCCCCCUCCAAGAUCACAGAGCCGCUGCGGGAGGGCCCGGAGGAAGAACCGCUGGCUGAGCGGGAGGUGAAGGCAGAGGUGGAAGACAUGGACGAGGGCCCCACAGAGCUGCCGCCUCUGGAGUCGCCGCUGCCACUGCCCGCCGCGGAAGCCAUGGCUACCCCCAGCCCUGCAGGGGGUUGUGGAGGUGGCCUGUUGGAGGCCCAGGCGCUGAGUGCCACCGGGCAGAGCUGCGCGGAGCCCUCUGAGUGUCCAGACUUUGUGGAGGGGACUGAACCACGGGUGGAUUCCCCGGGCCGGACAGAACCCUGCACCGCCGCCCUGGACCUGGGGGUGCAGCUGACACCCGAGACGCUGGUGGAGGCCAAGGAGGAGCCGGUGGAGGUGCCUGUGGCGGUGCCCGUGGUGGAGGCAGUGCCCGAGGAAGGCCUGGCGCAGGUGGCACCGAGCGAGUCCCAGCCCACCCUAGAAAUGUCAGACUGUGAUGUGCCCGCCGGGGAGGGACAGUGCCCGAGCCUGGAGCCCCAAGAGGCUGUAACUGUACCCGGCAGCACCUGCUUCCUGGAAGAGGCAAGCUCUGACCAAUUCCUGCCCAGUCUGGAGGACCCACUGGCUGGCAUGAACGCCCUGGCGGCGGCUGCGGAGCUGCCCCAGGCCAGGCCUCUGCCCUCCCCGGGUGCUGCUGGAGCCCAGGCCUUGGAGAAGCUGGAAGCAGCCGAGAGCCUUGUGUUGGAGCAGAGCUUCCUGCAUGGCAUCACCCUGCUAAGUGAGAUCGCAGAGCUGGAGCUGGAGAGGAGGAGCCAAGAGAUGGGAGGUGCAGAGCGGGCCCUGGUGGCGCGGCCCUCCCUGGAGAGUCUGCUGGCAGCUGGCAGCCACAUGCUGAGGGAGGUGCUGGAUGGGCCCGUGGUGGACCCGCUCAAGAACCUGCGGCUCCCGCGGGAGCUGAAGCCUAACAAGAAGUACAGCUGGAUGCGCAAGAAGGAGGAGCGGAUGUACGCCAUGAAGUCCUCCCUGGAGGACAUGGACGCCCUGGAGCUGGACUUCCGGAUGCGGCUGGCCGAGGUGCAGCGCCAGUACAAGGAGAAGCAGCGUGAGCUGGUGAAGCUGCAGCGCCGCCGGGACUCCGAGGACAGGCGCGAGGAACCCCAUAGAAGCUUGGCACGCAGAGGCCCUGGCAGGCCGCGGAAACGGACCCACGCCCCGAGCGCCCUGUCGCCCCCCCGCAAGAGAGGGAAGAGCGGCCACAGUAGCGGAAAGCUGAGCAGCAAGUCUCUGCUGACAUCAGAUGAUUAUGAGCUGGGAGCAGGGAUAAGAAAGAGACACAAGGGGUCUGAGGAGGAACACGAUGCCCUCAUCGGAAUGGGGAAAGCCAGGGGGAGGAACCAGACUUGGGAUGAACAUGAGGCCUCGUCCGACUUCAUCAGUCAGCUAAAGAUUAAGAAGAAGAAGAUGGCCAGCGACCAGGAGCAGUUGGCAAGCAAGCUCGACAAGGCCCUCUCCCUCACCAAGCAGGACAAGUUGAAGUCGCCCUUCAAGUUUUCGGACAGUGCUGGGGGGAAAUCGAAAACUAGCGGGGGCUGCGGCAGGUACUUGACUCCUUACGACAGCCUGCUGGGGAAGGACAGGAAGGCGCUGGCCAAGGGCCUCGGCCUGUCUCUGAAAUCCUCCAGAGAAGGUAAACACAAAAGGGCAGCCAAAACCAGGAAGAUGGAGGUGGGGUUCAAGGCCAGAGGCCAGCCCAAGUCGGCCCAUUCCCCGUUUGCCUCGGAAGUGAGCAGCUACUCUUACAAUACGGACUCAGAGGAAGACGAAGAAUUCCUGAAGGACGAGUGGCCCGCCCAAGGCCCCUCCAGCUCCAAACUGACGCCUUCCCUCCUGUGUAGCAUGGUGGCAAAGAACAGCAAGGCAGCUGGCGGCCCCAAGCUGACCAAGAGGGGUCUGGCGGCCCCCCGGACUCUGAAACCCAAGCCGGCCACCAGCAGGAAGCAGCCGUUUUGUUUGCUGCUUCGAGAGGCCGAGGCGCGUUCCUCCUUCAGCGACUCUUCGGAGGAAUCGUUUGACCAAGAUGAGAGCUCGGAGGAGGAGGACGAGGAGGAGGAGCUCGAGGAGGAGGACGAGGCCAGCAGUGGCGGCUAUAGGCUGGGUGCCCGGGAGCGGGCCCUGUCGCCGGGCCUGGAGGAGAGUGGGCUGGGCCUGCUGGCACGCUUCGCCGCCAGCGCCCUCCCCAGCCCCACGGUGGGUCCAUCCCUGUCUGUGGUACAGCUGGAGGCCAAGCAGAAGGCCCGGAAGAAAGAGGAGCGGCAGAGCCUGCUGGGCACAGAGUUCGAGUACACCGACUCAGAGAGCGAGGUCAAGGUGCGCAAGCGGUCGCCUGCGGGGCUGCUGCGGCCCAAGAAGGGGCUGGGGGAGCCGGGACCCUCCCUGGCCGCACCCACGCCUGGCGCCCGCGGUCCUGGCCCUAGCAGCCCGGACAAGGCCAAGCUGGCGGUGGAGAAGGGGCGCAAGGCCCGAAAGCUGCGGGGCCCCAAGGAGCCUGGCUUCGAGGCGGGGCCCGAGGCCAGCGACGACGACCUGUGGACGCGGCGCCGCAGCGAGCGCAUCUUCCUGCACGACGCCUCGGCUGCUGCACCUGCGCCCGUCAGCACCGCGCCCACCACCAAGACCAGCCGCUGCGCCAAGGGCGGCCCCCUGAGCCCGCGCAAGGACGCCGGGCGUGCAAAGGACAGGAAGGACCCCAGGAAGGUUCCUGCUACAGUAUCAAAAGGCAGACACUGGAAGAAGAAAGGGAAAGAGGCCGGGCCAGGAGCUGGGCUGCCGCCGCCCCGAGCUCCCGCCUUGCCCUCUGAGGCCAGGGCUCCUCACGCCAGCUCCCUGACCGCUGCCAAGAGGAGCAAAGCCAAGGCCAAAGGGAAGGAGGUGAAGAAGGAGAACCGCGGCAAGGGGGGCGCCGUGAGCAAGCUGAUGGAGAGCAUGGCAGCCGAGGAGGACUUUGAACCCAACCAAGACUCGAGCUUCUCUGAGGACGAGCACCUGCCGCGUGGCGGGGCUGUGGAGCGGCCGCUGACCCCGGCCCCUCGCUCCUGCAUCAUCGACAAGGAUGAGCUGAAGGACGGCCUGCGUGUGCUCAUCCCCAUGGACGACAAGCUGCUGUACGCCGGGCACGUGCAGACCGUGCACUCGCCAGACAUAUACCGCGUGGUGGUGGAGGGUGAGCGGGGCAACCGGCCCCACAUCUACUGUCUGGAGCAGUUGCUGCAGGAGGCGAUCAUCGAUGUGAGGCCAGCCUCCACUCGCUUCUUGCCACAAGGGACCAGGAUUGCAGCCUACUGGAGCCAGCAGUACCGCUGUCUCUACCCAGGCACUGUGGUCCGAGGGUUACUGGACCUGGAGGACGAUGGGGACUUGAUCACCGUGGAGUUUGACGAUGGAGACACGGGCAGGAUCCCCCUCUCACAUAUCCGCCUCCUGCCCCCUGACUAUAAGAUACAGUGUGCUGAGCCGUCCCCGGCCCUCCUGGUGCCAAGUGCCAAGCGCCGCAGCCGGAAGACCAGCAAAGACACUGGGGAGGGCAAAGACGGUGGCACGGCUGGGUCGGAGGAGCCAGGAGCCAAGGCUCGUGGGCGUGGGCGGAAACCCAGCACCAAGGCCAAGGGUGACAGAGCCGCUACCCUGGAGGAGGGGAACCCAACAGACGAGGUCCCCAGUACCCCCUUAGCCCUGGAGCCGAGCAGCACCCCAGGUUCCAAGAAGAGCCCCCCAGAGCCUGUGGACAAGCGAGCCAAGGCCCCCAAGGCGCGCCCGGCACUGCCGCAGCCCAGUCCCGCACCACCUGCCUUCACCAGCUGCCCAGCACCCGAGCCAUUUGCAGAGCUGCCAGCUCCUGCCACCACCCUGGCCCCAGCACCCCUCAUCACCAUGCCUGCCACACGCCCCAAGCCCAAGAAGGCGCGGGCAGCUGAGGAGUCGGGUGCCAAGGGCCCUCGGAGGCCGGGGGAGGAGGCCGAGCUGCUUGUCAAACUGGACCACGAGGGUGUCACGUCACCCAAAAGCAAGAAGGCUAAAGAGGCCCUGCUGCUCCGGGAGGAUCCGGGGGCGGGGGGCUGGCAGGAGCCCAAGAGUCUCCUGAGCCUAGGCAGCUAUCCCCCCGCGGCCGGCAGCAGCGAGCCCAAGGCACCCUGGCCCAAGGCCACUGAUGGGGACCUCGCCCAGGAGCCCGGGCCGGGGCUCACGUUCGAGGACUCUGGGAACCCCAAGAGCCCAGACAAGGCCCAGGCUGAGCAGGACGGGGCCGAAGAGUCCGAGAGCAGCAGCAGCAGCAGUAGCGGCAGCAGUAGCAGCAGCAGCAGCAGCAGCGGCUCGGAGACAGAAGGGGAGGAGGAAGGCGACAAGAACGGGGACGGGGGCUGCGGCACCGGGGGCCGUAACUGCAGCGCUGCCAGCUCCAGGGCGGCCUCACCAGCCUCCUCCUCCUCCUCGUCAUCCUCAUCCUCCUCCUCUUCCUCCUCCUCCUCCUCCUCUUCCUCCUCCUCCUCCUCCUCCUCUUCCUCUUCGUCUUCCUCCUCUUCCUCCUCUUCCUCCUCCUCCUCUUCCUCGUCCUCAUCCUCCUCCUCCUCCUCUUCCUCUUCUUCUUCCUCCACCACAGACGAGGACUCUUCCUGCAGCUCGGACGAUGAGGCAGCCCCCGCCCCCACGGCUGGCCCUUCCGCGCAGGCGGUGCUCCCCACCAAGGCCACCAAGCAGGCCGGCAAGGCGCGGCCCUCGGCCCACUCCCCAGGCAAGAAGACGCCCGCGCCCCAGCCCCAGGCGCCUCCUCCGCAGCCCACACAGCCUCUGCAGCCCAAGGCUCAGGCCGGAGCCAAGAGCCGACCCAAGAAGAGAGAGGGUGUCCACCUCCCCACUACCAAGGAGCUGGCCAAGCGGCAGCGCCUGCCGUCCGUGGAGAACCGGCCCAAGAUCGCCGCCUUCCUGCCAGCCCGGCAGCUCUGGAAGUGGUUCGGCAAGCCCACCCAGCGGCGUGGCAUGAAGGGCAAGGCCCGCAAGCUCUUCUACAAGGCCAUCGUGCGUGGCAAGGAGAUGAUCCGUAUCGGGGACUGUGCCGUGUUCCUCUCUGCCGGCCGCCCCAACCUGCCCUACAUUGGCCGCAUCCAGAGCAUGUGGGAGUCGUGGGGCAACAACAUGGUGGUCCGUGUCAAGUGGUUCUACCACCCCGAGGAGACCAGCCCGGGCAAGCAGUUCCACCAGGGCCAGCACUGGGACCAGAAGUCCAGCCGCAGCCUCCCGGCGGCCCUGCGGGUCUCCAGCCAGAGGAAGGACUUCAUGGAGCGCGCACUAUACCAGUCCUCGCAUGUGGACGAAAAUGACGUGCAGACGGUGUCGCACAAGUGCCUGGUGGUGGGCCUGGAGCAGUAUGAGCAGAUGCUGAAGACCAAGAAGUACCAGGACAGUGAGGGCCUGUACUACCUCGCGGGCACCUACGAGCCCACCACGGGCAUGAUCUUCUCCACGGACGGCGUGCCCGUGCUCUGCUGAGUCCGCCGGGCCCUGUGGGCCCCUGGCCACCUGUGCCCCGAGGGCGGCCAGGGACCCCUCUCCAUCACUGCCAUGGCGCGGAGACCACUUGCGUUGUGUGCAUGCGAGCGCUCCUGCAGGCGUGUGCAUGGGGCCAGGUGUGCACGUGGACGCCCGGGUGAGUGUGUGUGUGCAUGCACGUGUGUGCACGCAUGUGCACAUGCCUCCAGCCCCACCUUCCAACCCCUCAGUGCCCCCAGGACAGGGGCCCCUCUUAGCUAUCAGGGUAUGGCCCUGCCGUCCCCCUCAGGGCAGCCUCGGCCGGGACCGGCCCUUCCUGCCCAGCACGUUGCAAGCACUUGGCCAGGCCGGCCCUCCAGGCUGCUGCUGCGUGGGGGCCCGGGUGCCCCCAGGUCCAUGCAGACUGGGGAUUCGGUGGGGAGGGGCGCUUCUAAGAAACCAAACUGACGCUCACUCUGGGCUUCCCGAGCACCCUUAGCACGGAGCCCACCCCAAGGCCUCCCACCGUGCAUGGGACAGGGCAGCCCGAUGCCAGCUGGCCUACCUGACUGUGCCAGGGGCCCUGCCCCCACCCUCUCAGGAUGGCCUAGACUUGGGGAACAGAGCCGGGUGGGGUUGCAGCCCGGAGUGUCAAAGGCACCAGGUGGAGAGGGCCCGGCACAGGCCCACCCUGGUCCAAACCCUCACACUACAGAAAACCCCAAUGGUGCUGAAACCCUCGCCCGGCCACGCCCGGCCCCUCCCCACCCAGGAGGGAGGUGGCACUUCUUAACCUGUACAGUUUUAUUGUACCAAGAGACUCGCCCUGCCCCUGUAUCAUAAGCCUUUAAAUGGAGUCAACUUUUUAAUUAUAUAUAUAAAGAUAAAUAUAUAUAAAUAUAUAUAAAUAUAAACUUUUUAAAACUGUGAAAAAUAGCUAUGAAAUUAUAAAAAAAAAAACAUUCUGACGUGCAGAAUAUUAUUUUUUAUUUCCUGUUAGAUUAUAGUGUCUAGCACCGGCUUCACCGGCCUCCCAGUCCCCAGCACACCCCCGCCCACCCCGCCAAGUGUACUGUACUCACCCCCCAGGAUAGAGAAGUGUUAGGGAGAGAAGAGGGAGAGGCAGGAGCCGGCCCAAGCCCAGGGUCCCUGCUUGGGCCCCAGAAAGCACUUAACCAGGCCCCAAGCCUUCAAGGGAAACCAAGGCCUCGACCAGACAAUCUUGAGGGAAGGAAAAGCCAGACUUUGGGUUUGUUUUUUUGGGGGAAUUAUUAUUGGUUUUUUUUUUUUUUUUUUAUGUUUCUUUUGGAAUUAUUUUGUUUGUUGGCAAAUUCUGUGUGAUCUUUUUUCAUAAAAAAAAAGAAAAGAUUUAAUUGGAAAAA